AUGGAGGCCAAGCCUGCUGUCACCGUCGACGAGGGCUCUCUGGCCACUCUGCCCGACCCUCCUGCCCGUUCCUUUGUCGGCAAGGUCAAGCGCGGCGUACGCGCGCUCGGCACUAAAGAUGCUUGGUUCGGCGACCACAAUUAUGUCGCGCUCUUCACUCCGACCGUCCCAUUCCUGUGCAAGCCCGACACGACCAGCCUGCCUUUCUACUCCGUCAACGCCCGUCUUCCCAUCUUUCUCGCUUUCCUACUUGGCUUGCAACACGCGCUUGCCAUGCUCGGUGGAGUUGUGACCCCUCCGCUGCUAAUCGGCAGCUCCAGCGGCGCUAACCUGGGUCAAGACGAUACGCAGUUCCUCAUCGCAUCUACGCUGAUCUGGUGCGCGUUCGGUACGGCCCUCCAGGUCUCGCGCAACCGCAUCUUCAAGACAAAGUACUACAUCGGUACGGGCAUCGUCAGCGUCACCGGUGCGAGCUUUGCCACCAUUUCGAUUGCGCUCUCGUUCUUCGCACAGAGCUAUGCGAAUGGCUACUGCCCUACGGGUGCCAACGGUGUCAAGCUACCGUGCCCAAAGGCGGUGGGUGCAUUCUUGGGCACCUGCUGUCUCUGUGGCUUGAUCUCAAUCGCUAUGGCGUUCAUCCCUCCCAAGACUAUCCGCAAGCUCUUCCCUCCGCUCAUUGUCGGAAUGAUGCUCACGCUGAUCGGCGCUUCGCUCGUCAAGUCCGGCAUCACCAACUGGGCCGGUGGCUCGGCUCCGUGCGCCACCAACCAUGCUAUCAAGUGCAAGAUCGGAAGCCGCAUGCAGUUCUGGGGCUCCGCAUCGCUCAUCGGACUCGGCUUCACCAGUUUCAUCACCAUCAUCUUGUGCGAGAUCUUUGGCAGCCCUUUCCUGAAGUCGGCAUCCGUAUUCGUCGGUCUCGUCGUCGGAAUGAUCGUUGCUGCUGCGACGGGCUACUUCAACACGACGCUCAUGCACAAUGCACCUGCAGGAUCCUUCCUCUGGACAAAGACUUUCCCCCUCUCGAUCAAGCCCGAGCUCAUCCUCCCGCUUCUCGCUGCCUACGUCGUCAUCGUCGCCGAGACCGUCGGUAACGUCACUGCUUCUUGCGACGCCUCUCGCCUUCCAAUGGAGGGCACCGAGUUUGAGUCGCGCAUUCAGGGCGGCAUGCUGGCGGACUCAAUCUCCGCCACUCUGGCAGGCGUCGCUAUGGUGCCUCCUCUCACCACCUUCUCGCAGAACUCGGGCGUGAUUUCGCUCACACGCAAUGCGUCGCGAACCGCAGGCUACGUCUGCGCCGCCAUUCUCUUCCUCGCGGGCGUCAUCGGAAAGUUCUCAUCCCUUUUCGUCGCCAUGCCUUCCAGCGUGCUUGGCGGAUUCACCACCUUCCUCUUUGGCUCGGUCGCCGUGGCCGGUAUCCGCAUCAUGGCGUACGCCAAAUGGGACCGACGCGCGCGCUUCAUCGCAACGAGCGGCAUGAGUCUCGGUCUGGCCAGCCUCACCGUGCCGAGCUGGUUCUCGUAUUUCUUCACCUACUCUGGGAGCAACACCGGGCUCAAAGGUCUGAUUCAGGCCAUCGUGCUCAUUGUCGAAGAGCCCUACCUCAUCUCGAGCCUGUUGGCGAUUCUACUCAACUCGAUCCUCCCGGCAGAGCCCGAAGACGAGCAGGCGGCGCCUCUGCUCGAAGACGACUCGGCCUCCAACAACGGAUCUGACGCAAAGAUCGUCUCGGAUCUGCCUGCUGCCCAGGUGCCCGACUUGGAGAGCGGCACCCCCGCGACAGAGGCUGCUAAGAAGGCAUGGAACCAUCCCGGAACUUUCUUUGGCCGAAAAUAA